AAGGCUGCGAGACACUCAGCUUGCGUCUAACUUUCCGUCUGAGGCUGCAGGACAGACUCGGGUGGCCGAUUCACGGUGAGUCUUGGAUCUGACCGGUUUUGAUGGAAGGGGAGGUGUGGUUGCUGACAGGUAGCUUUCGUUGCUUCUGCGGAAUAGACUGGGGGAUUUCACCAUGUCGGCCUAUUCAAUGACAGAAAGCCAAUAUCUACCGGGGCAGAUGCACCACCACCAUCAUCAUCCCAGUUACGGCUGGGCGAGCAGACAGACACUACCUCUGCAACAGACGACGCCAUCACUGGACCAUCAGCAUCCUCUUUCACAGACGCAUCAAUACCCAUCUCCCAGUCUCUCGUCAGGGUACAAUGCCCAGGCAGGGAGCCAUGCGCAAAGUUAUUAUCCUCCCGGGGGGUCGCACUAUCUGCCCACACUUCACACAUCUUCACUACGCCAUAAUCCAUCACGAAGCCCGCCCAUUAUACAAUCGUACCCCAGUACUUCGGUGGCAGGAAACUCGACAUCACUAGCAGAGCACCAACAGGCGGCUUUUGUUCCAUCGUCGCCUCCGUACCUCCUCAACCAACAGGAAUACUAUCUUCCUGAACCGUCUACUCUUCCUAAUUCUCAUUCCUUGACCGCUCCCCAGCACGCGCCAGGCCUGUUACCGACAACAGAGUCCAUUUAUUCUUCACCCUCCGACUCGGCCGCCCCCCCUACAGCCCCCUCAGAACCUGAACACCAUGUGCGGGUCAUCAGCUCACGACCACGACCGCAAUGCUGGGACCACGGCUGCAACGGGCGUGAAUUCUCUACCUUCAGCAACCUACUACGCCACCAGCGUGAGAAGUCCGGGGUCGUCGCCAAGGCCGAGUGUCCAAUCUGCGGUGCUGUCUUCACGCGAACCACGGCGAGAAACAUCCACGUUGCGCAGGGAAAGUGUAAAGGGGGAGCAGGGAGAGACCCAUCGACAUAGUGAUGCAAUCGGUUUACUCGGCUCUACUUUUUUUCUUUUUUUUUUCCGUUUCUUUUUUUCUUUGAAUUACUCCCAGAAAUGGCUGACGGGGUUUGCGUCAACCUAUUGGAUAGAACCGGUCAUACAUCAUAAUUACUCAGCAGGAAAGGGUUUACAAAAAGGAGGUAUCCAAAAUUCAACCAGAGCCCGAAUCGGCUUUAGACUGUUUCAUACGCAUCAUUCUUCUCAUCCUGUGUACUAUAGCUAUAUAACUACUAUUAACGGAUAACUACUCCGUACCCCCCUGUCUCUGUUCGCCCCCUACCCCCCCCCCCCCCCUUCCCAAAUCCCAAUCCUAAUCCUAAACAGUG